GGCCCCUCCUCUCCCUGCUGCUGUGGUGCGCUGGCUGAGUUGAAGCGCAACAACCCGGAGAGCUCAGCAGCGACUUCACCGCUGCAACUUUGGGGUUUUUUGGAGCCGUCGAUGAGCGCGUUUGAAGUGCCUUGUUGGUGAAGACAAGGGGAUCGAGUCUCGAGCUGCGGUUCCCCCAUCUGCCAGUCCGAUCAAAAUGAAAUUCCUGAUUUGUGUGAUAGCAGUCGCCUUGGCCGUGGGAUCUGCGCACGGAGGUGUGGGGAAGUCUGACGAGCCGUGUGGAGGCCGGGACUGCGGCGCAGGAUGCCGAUGCAACCCGGAGAAAGGCAGCAGGGGUCGUCCAGGGGCUCUCGGUGAAGUCGGUCAGAGCGGACCAGAGGGGCCACGUGGGGGCCCAGGGCCUACAGGGCCUAAAGGAGAGAAGGGCCAUGUUGGCCUGAAAGGACCAUCUGGCCCCAAAGGAGACAAGGGACCUAUGGGAGUGCCAGGGUUCCAAGGAAAUGACGGAGUACCUGGUCACCCGGGUCAGGGUGGGAGCAGAGGACCACCAGGACUGGAUGGAUGUAAUGGGACCAGAGGAGAACCUGGAGAUCCCGGCUUCGGGACUGGAGAACCUGGAUUCCCUGGAAUUUCUGGGCCUAGCGGGCCAAAGGGUCAGAAAGGAGAGCCUCGAUUCAUCUCAAACGGCAUCACGAGUUUACCAGGUUUACCAGGAGUGGACGGUUUUCCUGGUAUCAGAGGUCCGGAUGGUCCACCUGGUUUUCCUGGUCCGAGUGGGCCGGAGGGAUUCUCUGGUCUGCCUGGUCCUCCCGGCCCCCCAGGGCCAAUGGGGAGCCGUAGUGACGGAUAUGAAGGAGAGAAAGGAGACAAGGGCGACGUGGGCUUGCCCGGUGACCCCGGCCAGCCAUUGGUCAAUGGCAUUGUGGAGUUUGUGGGUUUUCCCAAAGGAGACAAAGGAAUGCAGGGUGAACCUGGCCCGAAGGGAUUCAGAGGAUUCCCUGGCAAUCCUGGCCCACCUGGACUAUUCGGCUAUCGUGGUGAACUUGGAGAGAAAGGCAUUCCUGGAUACCCCGGGGCAAGAGGUCCCCCUGGUUUUAACGGGCCUCCUGGAGCUCCAGGACAACAGGGAUUAGUAGGCAAUCCAGGUUUCCCCGGACAAAAAGGAUACAUAGGACCCAAGGGAGACCAGGGCGACCAAGGACCACCGGGACCGCCGGCUUACGUUUCUGAUCUGGGCACUUUAGUUCAAGGACCAACAGGUGACCCGGGUCUCAACGGCCUCCCCGGUGCACCUGGUGAUCAGGGAUCUCAAGGAUACCCAGGACCACCAGGCCAGCCAGGGAUUGUUGGAUUUGGUUUUGGUACAGGUCGUCCCGGAGCUCCAGGUUUCCCCGGGAACAGCGGCCCAAAGGGAGAGAAAGGAAACCCAGGCAUACAAGCAUAUGGCUCGGAAGGAAACCCUGGCUCCCCUGGACUCCCCGGCCCCCCCGGCCCCCCUGGACCUCAGGGCCCGACUAGAUCUACCGUUGAACCCUGCGUCAUCUAUCCUGACUGGCCCAAAGGUGCUCCUGGAGUGCCUGGGCCACCUGGACCCAGAGGACAGCCGGGUAACAGAGGAUACGAUGGCUACAGAGGUGAUCCUGGCGCCUGUGCCUGCGAAGGAGGAGGCAAACCAGGGUUGCCUGGGUUACCUGGAGCCCCAGGAGCCAACGGCAACCCCGGCUUUGCUGGACGAAAGGGCGAGUCUGGUGACGGCGGUCCACCGGGCUUUAAUGGCCGUCAGGGACCUCCUGGUCGCGCUGGUGAGACUGGUUUCUUCGGGCGGAAGGGAGAGAAGGGGGCGCCUUACUACACCGACCGUUUUGGGGUGAAAGGAGAGCUCGGAGCUACUGGACCCAGAGGACCUACUGGGGAAACUGGAAAACCUGGCAGAGACGGACUGCCGGGCUUCCCCGGAGCCCCUGGACCCCCAGGUGACGCUGGCUUCGGCACAGUUGGAGAGAAAGGUUUCCCAGGGUUCCCAGGGCCAAAGGGUCGUUCUGGUGGCCCCGGCGAGCCCGGCAUUGGCUAUGUCGGCUUGCCCGGCUUUCGCGGAGAGACUGGAGAGCCCGGUAUCCCUGGGUUGCCAGGGCCACCAGGUCCACCCGGACUUAAAGGUGAAAACAGCUGUGAAGGGGUUAAUGACGCCGGAGAGGGAACGGGCCAAUCUCUACCUUGCACCAUACCUGGGGAGGAAGGAAACCCCGGUGUCCCCGGUAUACCUGGACGACCAGGUCCUAAAGGUCAACCCGGUAACCCAGGAGGCCUUGGACGUCCCGGGUUUGAUGGUGCCAAAGGAGAGAGAGGAGACUCCGGUUUUGGAGGCCAACCUGGACCACAAGGUUUCCCGGGACCCAGAGGUGAUCCUGGAGUUCCAGGUGCUCCCGGACAGAGUUUAGACGGAGAAAGGGGGAAGAAUGGCGCCCCUGGGCGUCCUGGAGCCAAGGGCCAGCCUGGAGAGGUACUGGGAGCCACACCAGGUGGCCCAGGACGGGACGGGGCACCAGGUAUUCCUGGAGACAAGGGCCAGCCCGGGACACCAGGACAACCUGGAUUACCUGGUGGUGAUGGACGUUUCGGUGUUCCUGGGCUGAAGGGGGAGCGCGGAGUUGACGGUGCUCCUGGUGUUACCGGCCUUCCCGGACUUCCAGGCGAUCCGGAUUUUGGCAUUCCAGGUCGGCGUGGACCUCCUGGCAGUAGCGGACUAAGCGGAUCACCAGGCUGCCAAGGUUACCCCGGUCGUAAGGGAGAUAGAGGAGACCCAGGGUUCCCAGGGCCGGCCGGAAUGAAGGGAACCCCAGGACUGCCCGGCACCAUUGGAUCACCAGGGCCCAGGGGACCCCCGGGACCGCCAGGACCGGGAACUAGAGAGGGAAUCCCAGGAAUACCAGGAAGGAAGGGUGAGAGAGGUUUGCCCGGACUGGUGGGUUUCCCUGGAGUACCAGGUCGUCCUGGAAGCCCAGGGUUUCCUGGAGGCAAAGGACUGGCUGGAGGGCCAGGAAGAGACGGACGCCCCGGCGGUCCCGGAUUCCCCGGACUGAAAGGUGACAGAGGAUACCCCGGUCUCCCUGGCUUGCCCGGUGCUUUUGUUCCAGUAAAGGUUGAAAAAGGAGAACCAGGAAUUCCCGGAGCAAAUGGUCUUCCUGGCUUCCCCGGACCCAGAGGUGACAAGGGUCUGCCAGGUCAGCCUGGUCGUCCGGGUCUGCCUGGACUUCCUGGUUACGCUGAGCAGAGCAAAGGACAGCCGGGAGAUCCUGGGUUCCCCGGGCGACCAGGAGCGCCAGGCUUCCCCGGAGCAAAGGGAGAAGCUGGAAUCAUGGGAUUCCCCGGCAUGUCUGGACCAAGGGGUGAUGAUGGUGUACCUGGUUUACCCGGCAACCCUGGAGAAUUUGGUCGGCCUGGUGGCAAAGGUGCACCUGGAGAAAGUUAUGGUUAUCCUGGAGCUCCAGGAGCUAAAGGCCAGCCAGGAGAUUCAGGCUUCCCAGGUGGCCGUGGCUAUGACGGCGCCCCCGGUGACAUCGGCUUUCCAGGAAGUCCAGGUUUCCCUGGAGUGAAGGGAGCUCCUGGUGAGGGAGGACGGCCUGGAUUAAUGGGCUCCCCUGGUUUCCCCGGGCCCAAGGGCCUGUCCAACUACCCAGGAAGGAGAGGAGCAGAUGGGCCUCCUGGUUUCCCUGGAGGUCCUGGAGGUCCCGGAGCCAAAGGUUUGCCUGGAUCCCCUGGUUUGGAUGGACUUAAUGGCCUUCCUGGACCUAAAGGCAUCCCUGGAACCCCAGGUGGGAGUGCAGGCGGUCGCCCAGGAGCCCCUGGUGUUCCAGGGGUGAAGGGAGAGAGAGGAGUCUCGUACCCCGGAGCUCCAGGCUUCCCAGGGCCGAAGGGAGAGAGAGGAAAUACAGGGGGUCCUGGACUUGUAGGGUUCCCUGGUCUGCCCGGACCUCCUGGUCCGACUGUGGGGUCGGAUGUCCCCGGACCUUUGGGAGACCCCGGCCUCCCUGGACUGGAUGGAGAGUAUGGUUUACGAGGUCCUCCAGGUCCUCCCGGGCCUCCUGGUCCAGGCACAGCCCAGGGAGAUAGAGGUGACUCUGGGCUCCCGGGCUUCCCUGGCUCCCCCGGCAGGAAAGGAGAAUCCGGCAUUCCUGGAGGCGCCGGACUCCCCGGCAGCCCCGGUUUCAAAGGAGGCCGAGGUGAGAGCGGCUACAGCGGAGGUCCUGGUGUCAAGGGUUUCCCCGGUGACCCUGGUUACUAUGGAAACAAAGGAGCCAAGGGAGUACGAGGGCAACGUGGGCGUAAGGGUAUCCCUGGAGUGGUGGUGCCUCCAUCCCCACCAGACAUCGGGAAUCGCUUCGGAGAUGUGGGUUUUCCCGGUGCAAGCGGUGGCUCCGGUGUCCCCGGAGAAUCCGGUCAGCCAGGAAUGCCCGGACGUCCAGGUCCCAAGGGUCGUCCCGGUCCCGUUGGUAAACUUGGCAGGACUGGGUCUGCUGGUUUUCCUGGACCUGUCGGUGACGCUGGACCCCCCGGUUUCCUUGGACCCACUGGAGAACAAGGUCCCCCUGGUCAGGCUGGUCGCCGCGGCUCUCCCGGGAGCGUGGGCCGCAGUUUUAGCAUCGGCUACACUCUAGUGAAGCACAGCCAGAACUCCCAGGUUCCCAUGUGUCCUCAGGGCAUGGCCAAGCUGUGGGACGGGUACAGUCUGCUGUACGUGGAGGGACAGGAGAAGGCUCACAACCAGGACCUCGGUCAGCCAGGGUCGUGCCUCCCCAGGUUCAGCACCAUCCCCUUCCUCUACUGCUCCCCCAACGAGAUCUGCUACUACGCAAGCCGCAACGACAAAUCCUACUGGCUCUCCACCACUGCACCCAUACCCAUGAUGCCUGUGGCCGAGGAGCAGAUUCAACCUUACAUCAGCAGGUGUUCUGUGUGUGAGGCUCCCUCUCAGCCCGUGGCGGUCCACAGUCAGGACAUGACCAUCCCCACCUGUCCUCCAGGCUGGAGGAGUCUCUGGAUAGGAUACUCCUUCCUCAUGCACACAGCAGCCGGCGCCGAGGGCGGCGGUCAGUCCCUGCAGUCUCCCGGCUCCUGCCUGGAGGACUUCCGCGCGACGCCGUUCAUCGAGUGCAACGGGGGCAAGGGCACCUGCCACUACUUCGCCAACAAGUACAGCUUCUGGCUCACCACCGUGGACCCCCGCCAUGAGUUUGUUUACUCGCCAGCACAGGAGACCCUGAAGGGAGGCCAGGAGCGCUCCAAAGUCAGCCGCUGCCAAGUCUGCAGCAAGAUCUUGUAGUAGGAGGAGGAGGAGGAGGAGCAGGAGGAGCAGGAGGAGGAGGAGGAGCGGAGGUGAUAUAUCAACACCUCACAAGAAAUAAAAAAGAGGUGUUGAUGAUUGAGGAUGAGAUGAUUUUUAUAAAGAAAUCUAGCAAAGAACACUGACUGAAAAUGAGCCCCUAUCCUGCGUUUCCGAUAGUUUCAAAAUCGAGUCGAACAACAAAUCGACUCAGUUUUUUGAGUUUUUGAUCCCUUUUAGGAAUGAAUGGCUUAUUAAAAUAAUAAAAAAUAAAACAAAAAGGAAGAGUUGGAGGGAGGAAAUGCAAAGAGAAGGGCUCCAGCGGGAUUGCCCUUCUUUAGAUUAUCACUGACAAUGGUGCUAUUGUUUAUGUUUAUUUUGUGGCUCGUUACAUGUUUUUUUUUGGCGAGAAGCAUUCUCGGCUACCUCAGAGAGUGCCACCCCGCUUUGGACAGCACUGCACCGCUUACACAUCUGCACACAUCUGGGCGGCCGCUUCAGAUACGUCAGUUCAGACAGUAGAGUCAGACAUGGGUCUAAGGUCUUCACUUCUGUGAACUGAUCUAUCUGAAGUAGAAGCACCUGAUUCUGGUUUAAACGCAUGUUUUAGUGAAAUGGCCGCCAUAAAACUUUGCUUCUCUUGUAUCGACUGCCCGCUACGACCACUUUAUAACCGCAGUGAUGUUACAGAUAAUGUUACGUUAAAAGCUGCAUCCUGUUUUUCAAAAAUGACUCCAUUGGUUAUCAUUUCAUGACAGUAUGGAAAUCUAGUUGCUGACAUUUGAGACUUGCUUGAAGGCAUUAAAGAGCACAAUAAGUGCGCUACUAUUUUUUUUACAAUUUGUUUUUUUGAAAGUUGCAUUAUGGUUGUUUGUGUCCGUUUUCGUGCAUACAAGAAAACUUAUCCAAAAGCGUUCAAGGUGCGAGCAAAAUGUGUAAAAUUAAUGGAGGAAGGAAAGUGAAAGAAAGAAUAGCUAGUAAUAAAUACACAAGCACGGUGCUCGUUCAGUCAGUAUUUUACAUUAUAAAUCAGAUACUGGACCAACAGCAGCUUUUUAAGGCAGAAAAAGAACCCGAUUUUUCAAUAUCCUUUUUACAGUUCACACAUUUGCUCAUUAUUGUCUGCUGGAUUUGAUUUUCUAACAACAUGGCAAGUUGUAUUAUCAGGUUUCAACUGUCAAAUCUCAGAUAUUAUAGCUUCAGGAAGCCAUUUCAGAACAUUUGCUGCCUCUAAAGAUGACAUAACCGACA